AUGGCCAAGGUAGCUCCUCCUCUCCUCGCCGCCCGGAGCUGCACGGCCAUCACAGCCCAGCCAUCGUCGAGGAAAGGUACUGCCGGUUUGUUCCGCAGCCGCAUCGUCAGCAAGCGUACCAGGAUAACAGCAAAGCUUGGAGGAGAUGGCGAGCUGAAGCCUCCAGGCAAGAAGAAGUUCAUCACCAGGGAAGAGGAGCCAGAACAGUACUGGCAGACCGCAGGGGAGAGGGAGGGCGAGAACCCCAUGAUGACACCCCUGCCCUACAUCAUCAUCUUUGGCAUGUCCACCCCCUUCGUCAUCCUCGCCAUCGCCUUCGCCAAUGGCUGGAUCAAGGUCCCUGUGCGAUGA